CACACACACACAUGCUCAUUGAGGUAGCCCCAGCUGUGGGGGCCUGGCUCCAGGCAGAGGGGGCCAGAGGCCACCCCCCCAGGCUGUGCACCCCUCUCUCUCUCCUCUUCACCAGCUCCCACACUACAGCUUUUCCAAAUCCAAUCAGUCAGCAAGGGCUUCUCAAUCACAGGCUCCCGGAUUAAGGCAGAAAUUAACCAGUAUCUGCCCUCAAGGAGUUUCCUUUCUAUGGGAGAGCCAUGCUGAGGCCUGCAGUCAAGAGGACUAAAUUGGAAUUCUCUUUCUGCCACUUACUGCUCGCUCUGGGGCCUCAGGCAAAUCAAUCCCUUGUCUUCUCUCCUUCAGUUUCCUCAUCUGUCCAGCUGACCUGGGAUCUCAGAUCCCUAGAUACAAGGCCGUUCCUCUCCAGGAAUGUCCGGUGAGGAAAGGCCACCUUCUAUCAGAGCUCAGAAGAGUCCAGAGAUUCCAAGAGGAGGUGGCCAGGAGACAGCACGUCCCAAACCCAGGGCACAGCCCACAGAGGCAUGGAGCUUGCAGGGAGGGGAAGGGCAGCAGCCAGAGAUAACAUGGGGCUGGGGUCCUGAGCCCCCAGAAGCCCCACCCUCAGGGACACUGGUAGCCAUGGAGAGACCCACCCUAGCAAUAAGAUUCUAGACUCUUGGGCCCCGGGGUGGGGCUCGUUGCUCGGGUUACCACAGGGGAGGCUCCCCAGAGACCCCUGAGGUCAGGGGAGUAGUAGCCAGAGCUGAGGGAUCCUGGGGGCAUCAUGGUGGCUACUGCCGUCCUUGCCUUCAGCCUCCUGCUGCUGGUGAUGAGCAGAGCUGGGCUCCCUGCUUCUCUUCCAGAUGGGAGUGGAAUUCAAGGUUUCUUCUACCCGUGGAGCUGUGAAGGGGACAUGUGGGAAAGGCAAGCAUGUGGGGGCCAGGAGGCCGUCGAGAACCCAAACCUGUGUCUUCGGCUACGCUGCUGUUAUAAGGAAGGGAACUGUUAUCACAAGAGGCCUGAUGAGCGCUUGCGAAGGAAACACCUCUGGACCCUGGGCUUGACGUGCGCUGGCCUGGUCAUGCUCAUCUUUCUCAUCUGUUUCUUCUGGUGGGCCAAACGCCGGGGCCUACAUAAGGGUCUGACGAUGCCGGGGCGCUUGAGCGAUUCGGGGAAACCGAAAACCUCCAGGAAGUCCUCCAUCUCUUCUCAUUCCUUCUCCUUCAAGAAGAAGGAGCAGUCCCCUCUCCUAGCCGAUGGAGGUGGCCCUAAGCAGCCUGGCAAUGAUGCCGCGGAGGCCAUGGAAGGCACCGAGGAAGAGGAGGAGGAAGAGGAAGAGGACGAUGAAUACUAGGGCACUGCAGCCCUUGAAAAAAUAUAGCCUUGGUUGAAGCCACCCUUGCCUUGAUUUUUGGCCUGACCCCGGUAGGUGCCUGUUCUUGGGGGCUUGUUGCAGGACUCCAAGCGGGGUCCUUCCUUGGCCACAGUCAGCUCCAGGGCUAUGGGUGAGUCUUCUGGACCAGACGAGGGGGCAGAGAGAACACGGGGGCGGUGGGGAAUGCUCCUGGGACCUUGCUAGGCCCCAUCGCUCUGGGGACCGGUGUCCCAGGCACUGGGGCCAAAGGGGUCAGAGGGAAUUCUGGCCAGGCACACUGACUGAGGACUCACUGGGCAUUAGCAGAUCCCUUUCAGAGCUCAAAGGGCCCUCCGAGGCAUCUAACCCAUCCCAGACCUAAACAAGAAUAAUCUUUACAACUCCAUGAAGUCAUUCAGCUCUUGCUUGAAACCCUCUAGGGAGAAAGCGAGCUUACCCCCUCCAGAGGCAGCUCAUUGCACUCUGGUGCAACCCCCACUCUUAGGAAGCAGAAAUCUGCUUCUAGGACUUUCAUCCACGGCUUGGGUUCUCCCUUCUGGGGCCAAACAGAACUAAGCUAAUCCCUCUUCCAUAUGACAGCCCUUCAAAUACUUAAACUUAGCCUCCUUUUCUCUGGGCUAAACAUCCCAGGCCCUUCUUUGGACCACUGUGUCCAGAGUACUGGGCAUCACACAUGAAGAAGAACAUAGCUGCAGAGCUCUGGGCCAAAUACAAGCAAAACCUUCACUUCCCUUGUCCUGGACACUAAGCCUCUCUCCAUGCAACCUAAGAUUGCUUUAGUUUCUAUGGCUUCCAUAUCACUCUAGUUUCUUGUGUUUGC